GGUGCGGCGCAUUCUCUUCUUCACAUUGGACAACGCUUUGACUUAUCCCCCUUGCAGUAAAUCAACUACGACUGAAUCGCAUUUACUGCUUCACAAAAACAAAAUCACAUCGGCUUACCAUCGCCCAAGAUGCUCGAGUACUUUACCUACAAGAAAGUAAAGAAGCACAGAGCUGAAAAGGAAGCCAAAAAGGCAGCCGAACAGGAGGCCAAGAACGAAGCCGCUGGCGAUGCUGUCAAACAUGGAGAGUCAAGCAAGCUCGAUCUACCGGGAUCCGAGCACCCAGUUCUCCAUGACGAGGAUGAGCGGUUCAUCGAAGAGCUUCUUUCCAACGCCGACGACGACCAAGCACCAGCCUUGCCGCCCCGCGUCAAUGUAGCCGACAUCGACUGGCAUACCGAUAAUGAGAUUAGCGGCGAUGAAGCAAGUUCGACCAAGCUGGAUGAGGCAUCCAAGACUGAAAAAGCCCCUAAGAAGACCAACCGCCUCUCUAUGCUAUUUACAAGGACCAAGAAGCCUGGCGAGGGCUUGAAGCCAGACGAUAAUGUCACACCCAAGGAAGCAGAGAGAGAAAAGCACGACCUCAGCCGCGUUCUCGACCGACUCAAUCUCUCGGCGAAGAACAACAAGGUUGUGGCCGCUUCGGCAGACUCCUCGGCCAUUUUGCAGAGAUUCACACAGGUGUUUAAAGAUCUUGUGAACGGCGUCCCGACCGCAUACGACGACCUUACAUCUCUUAUUGAAGACAAGGAUGGUGCUAUCUCCAAGGGCUUUGACAAGUUGCCAUCAUCGCUGAAGAAGCUUGUGAUGCAGCUCCCAGACAAGAUUACCCAGUCCCUGGGCCCCGAGAUUCUUGCAGCAGCCGCCGCUUCACAGGGCAUCAAGACGGACAAGGACAAGGGACUCAAGGGUGCUGCCAAGAAUAUUAUUAUGCCGCAUAACCUCGCUGAGCUUGUAACAAAGCCAGGUGCCCUUGUGGGCAUGCUGCGCGCCAUCGUUGAAGCACUAAAGACACGCUGGCCAGCAUUUAUCGGUAUGAAUGUACUGUGGAGUGUUGCACUCAGUUUGCUCCUGUUUGUCCUGUGGUACUGCCACAAGCGCGGCCGUGAGGUUCGACUGGAACGAGAGAAGACCGAUGCCGAAGCUCCCAUUGAUGGCGCAGACCGCGUUGAAGAGCUCCCAGAUGAUCCUGCUCUGCCUGCUCCCGAGACUGUUAUUACACCUCCUACUGAUGAGCCUUCUGCAACCGUUGCAACAACUGCCUCGACUUCGCACAACUAAAACAGCAUGAUUGUAUGACCGCGAAACGCCCUUUGAAUUAAUAAAUCUAAAAAAUGACAGACACGACCUUGAUGAAGCUUUACAGAGCAGCUGCGAUAUACAAUGAGGGUAUCCCUUAAAUUAUAAAUGUUAAAUAAAAUUUUUGAGCUUUUCAUAAUACCAUUAUAGCGUUUCAAUCAUCCUCCAUGAGUUCCUUAAUUUCUUCCCUGGCUGGAGCAAGUGAUUGUGGUGUGUUCUUUUGUGAACUGCCCUUCUCAUCGCCUGCAUCCUGCAUCCAGAAGUCCACCUCGUCAAUGAUAUCAUAUACAAUGUCUUCCGCAAUCUGCUCUUGAUAGCGCUCGUAGAUACCUCGAAGGCGUUUACAGGAUGGUUGGGUAGUAGAUGACGGAUCAUAAUCAGGAGGUGGAUACGCAAAGUUGGGACCAAAGUUGGCUUCAGCAGCGCCGCCACGGAAGAUGCUAAUGGCAGGGUAAUAACCCAGCAUGCCAUCAUCCAUGCCCUCACGUGCGCCGACCUGAGGCAUUGGCUUUGAAGCCGGCGGCAAAAAGCCGAGGAGGUCUUCAAACGCGGUGCCCAUGAGCUUGCCGUUCUUGUAGAUCUUGAUAUAAGAGUUUGGUAAUGUCCGUAGAGCAGGACUGGCGUGGUUAGGAUGAGGCGGGUCGCUCGAUGCUGUCGAUGAAGCCGACAUGGAUGGAUUCAUCAAGUCUUCCAGUUCUCGUGUUGUGUGGUACUCAAUCCUUUCAAAGUAAGUGUGCGCUUUGAAGCGGAUCGGCACUCGGUCUCGGACAAUGUUAGCUGCCGCGGCAGUCGGUGUGGUAUCGUCAUCCGCUGCGUCGGCGAGCGGGUGGAAGUUACCCUCCAUGAUUUUGCGAUGCAAGCGUUCAGAGGGCAGUUGGAUUUCGAGACCUAUGACAUCGCCUUCACGUAUGCCCUCGCCGGCCGGGAAGAACUCUUUCGGCCGGGACAUGUAGACCUUCUCGCCGGCUACAUCACGGACGCCAUAGCUGUAGCAAUCAAAGCCAACGGGCGCAUCCAGCGAUGACUCGCGUCUUGCCCAUCCGACUCGUACAUGCUUUCCUAGUUGCAGCUUAUCCUGGCCAUCAGCGGCUGGUUUAAUGCCUUGUGUAAUCUUGCACUCCCAGAACCACCGGCCCUCGCGAACAGCAACAUUUGCUCGUGUUAAUCGGAAGCCUUUGUCUGUUGUAACUUGCAGAGCUGUACUAUCAAAGUAAACAUGCGCGGCUGCAUCUUCGUGGCUCAUUCUGGGGCCGUAUGGCUCUGGCUCGGUCUGGCGGUAAUAGAUGGUUGUUGGGAAAAGAGGAUCGGCGAUGCAGUGGGUAUAGCGGAAGUUUUUCUUGUUG